AUACCGAAAGAGCCCUGCAGUGCUUGACAUCCUGCUUUGCGGAGGCUGCUCAACUCUUCGGACUCGAAGUCAGCUUGAAGAAGACGGAAGUCCUCCAUCAACCUGCACCCCGGGAAGAGUACUGCCUUCCUCACAUCACUAUUGGCGAGACUGUGUUGAAGAGCGUUCACCAGUUUACCUACCUGGGAUGUACAAUUACUUCAGACGCCAAGAUUGACAGGGAAGUAGACAACAGACUGGCCAAAGCUAACAGUGCCUUCGGCAGACUGUACAAGCGGGUCUGGAGAAAUAAGCAUCUGAAAAGGGGCACCAAGAUCAGCGUAUACAGAGCUGUUGUCCUCACCACCCUACUGUACGGUUCUGAGUCGUGGGUAACUUACCGCCACCACAUGCGACUCCUGGAGCGUUUCCAUCAGCGCUGUCUCCGGAUCAUCCUCAACAUUCACUGGACCGACUAUGUCACAAAUGUUGAGGUCCUUGAACAGGCGGAGAUCCCCAGUAUCGAGGCCAUGCUGCUGAAGACUCAGCUCCGUUGGGCAGGACACAUCUCAAGAAUGGAAGACCAUCGCCUGCCCAAGAUAGCCCUGUACGGCGAACUUUCUACUGGCAAUCGUGACAGAGGGGCUCCAAAGAAACGCUUCAAGGACAUCCUGAAGAAGUCCCUCGGUACAUGCCAUAUCGAUCAUUGCCAGUGGUCUACUCUGGCUGCUGACCGUGCUAGCUGGCGACAUAUAGUCCAUCAGGCUGCCUCUUCUUUCGAGGAAUCCCGAAAAGAUCACCUGAGGGAGAAACGUCGCCGCAGAAAGAAUCGCGAAGCCUCAGCAGCCACACCAAACGUGACUUUUGACUGCGGCCGCUGUGGCCGGGCCUGUCUAUCACGUAUUGGCCUUGUGAGUCACAUGCGUGCCUGCAGUCGACGUGGACUGCCUUUAUAAAUCUUCGUUCGCGAAGCAAGCCAAGAGAUGUUAAAAAAUCAGUUUAAUAUACAAGUGACUCGGUGAGUCGCGUUUCAGAUAUUAAGCUGAAAAGAACAGAUUUAUUAACAUAUGCAACACUCACUAAGUACAGUUUAACAAAUCAGACUUCAGGUGAUCUUUUACGACAUUCCUGCAUGUAUUCUAAUUCUUUAGCGUUAUUGGAUAACUCCGUCUUAGAUGUUGCCACAUCUGGAUAUCAGGGUUGGUGGAUGUGGUCAGGCCUGCGGUUCUGCUAAAAAAUCUCUGGAAUAUUGGCAUGUCAUGGUCUUGGUUAAGAGUCUAACCACCAACCUGCAAAUAAAUCGAUGGAUCAACGAAAUUCUGAAGAUUCAGACACAUCCUCAACAUGAACAUUCAUGAAUUACAGCAACACAGACUGAACGACUUCACAUACGACCACGCAAUAAUGGAUUAUUUUCGAGUAUAGACAAAAAUAAUUCAGAUUAGAGUACAACAAAACAAGGAAAAAUCUACCAGAAGAUGUUUCAAAGAUUGAUAUCAGGAUACUACACCUUCUAAAGAAUACCUAAAAGAUGGCUCAUGACGUUCGUGAUGUCACUGCCACUUCCAAACCAAGAGGUAACUAUUUGGAUCCUCUGAAAGCAUGCUCACUCUCAGGAGAGAACGGAGUGCCUGUAGGAAAAUCAGAAUCAGCAACCUUCUCCAAAUACAACUCCAUCAUCAAACAAUCGAGACGGAAUGCGACACGGGCUUCCGUGCUCAACGACGUCGAACGGAGUCGAUUUGAUUCCAUGGUCAAGCGAAUGGAAAGCGAACACGUCUACCACACGGCCGUGCUCGAUCGGCAGAAGAGACAAUUCAGAAAAUCCCUACAGGUGCUGGAGAAAGACAGGCGAGCGGUGAAGCGGUAUUUCGAUAAGGGCGGGAAGUGGGUGGCGACGCCACUUAAACUAGUCGAUGGCGUCAACUCGAAGAGGAAUAGACUUGAAAGACACGACCUACUGCCACCAAUUGAAGCUGUGGCGGCCGUGCAGGAAGUCGACGCUGAUAUACCAGAACAUCCAGGUGAUCAACCAACAGUGGACAUUGGGGCUGCGGAAGUUGUUGAGCCUGCUCCGGAGCAGGAUCAGAAGGAUGCAUCUAACAAUCACGUGUCGCGUAGUCCACAAUUCCCAGCCCGUCGUCUGCAAAGCAUGCCCGUUGUAGCAACGUCCAGUUCAGUACCAAAGCCGCCACAGAGAUUCUAUACAGGUGAUGAUAUGAACACGAUGAGAGAUCAUAUAAUGAAUCAAGACAAAGAUAAUGACAGUAUGAAAAAGAAUGAUGUUUCUACUUCGAUAUAAGGGUGUUCUUGUUGCCAGAUGGAUCAGUAGUGCUAUUUAUAUUGGUCAGAGUGUGUCGCGAUUUGCCACUGUAUUAUGCUUUUUCUUGCAUAGCCAUGGCACUUGCCGUGCUGCACCGAAUCCAGUAGUUAGAAUGGGCCUAUAUUUAUGUUAAACCAUAGUUUCUAAAGUUAUCUAUAGAUAUAUUGACGAUGACAGAGGCAUUUUAUGACGAAAUAUAUGACAACAGCGGAAUAGCCAUAUGCCUUAUUCUGAAAGUACAAACUCAUUAACUUGGAUGAUAAAUAGGCCCCUGAUCAAUUUGAUUUUUAAAGAAUACGUAACUUAUUGUAUUUCACUUCAUGAUGAUAUGAAAGACAUACAAAAUGUUCAAACGUGGAAUCGACUGAGACAAAGAAAAUGAAUUCAGGAGAAUGCUGAAUAAUUUUACAAAAUGGAACAAAUCUGUGUUUUGUGGUUUUUAUCUUGCUUUGGGUAAAAAAAAAGCGCUUGUGUACAUUGCAAAUAAAUUGGUGUUUAUUGUCUGAAUGGAUCAAUACAUUAUUCCAUAUCAAGUUGUAUGAAAUGUACUGUUGAUGUGAGCUUAAAUCUGUGUGAUUUUUUUAUCAAUAAUAUGAAUUAAACUUUGUCAGCAUCGAAGAACAUAAUCACAAAUGACAUAUUACUUCAUAUGAAUACGAAAAGGAAAAUGAUCAUGAUAUUCCCCAUGAUAAUCGGAUAUCAUGCUAGUUCUAUAAAGGGCUUAUACACGUUUUCAAUUGUUAUAUAUUUCUUGCACACCUAGAUGUAUACCUUUGUGUUCAAGCAAAAAUAAUGAUAGGCCAGCGCCAUCUAUCUUGAAAUAAACUAUUUCGAAAUACAUGUACUAUAUUCAUUCCCCAGCUUUAGCUCGAGCUGCGAAGUGAAGUAUUUUAUCAUGUUUAUUUUUUUCUGUCAUCUCAGGUUUGGGGACAUGAUUGUAUAAAAUAUAUGGAAAUUAAUUUCAAGUUCAUGAAUAAUGAUGCAAGUUCAAUAGUAAUGCAUUUGACCUUUACGACACUAACUUGUUUUAUGUGUAAGAUAAAUUCAAAUAUCAGUGAGUGAUGAAGUUCAAGUACUUGAAAAUCGUUUUGGAGAAAUUUAUUUUUUUAUUUAUAAGAGCUUAAGUUUGUGGGAAAUCCUUGAUUAUAUUUCAUAACUAGUGCACAGUAUAAUUAACUUGAAGCUGAUUGGUAGAUGGAAUUCAUCAGAUUGACGCGUAGGAUCUUUAUGAACAGCGUUUUGUUAAAUGAAUUGUUAAUUAUUGUUCUUUUUGAUGGCAGUAUAUAAUAGAUGAAUUUACCGAGAUUGUGUCGAUAUAGAUUUUUUCUCCAAAAUUUUAUUGCUGAUACACAAGUGAUUGAUCUAUCUAUAAAUAGGAUCUCCAAGUUGUCUUUAAAAAACACACAACGCCUUCUGUAACAGAAAUAAUUUAUCUAUAUAGGUAAGAUGUGUGUAUUUCCUCAGACAGUAAUUCCGUAAUUUAAUUGAAAUCAAUGUAUAGAGUAACGCAUUUCAGGGACGGGGCGGCCGAGCAAAUUUACCUUUAUUAAUAACACCAAUAUUCCGCUACAUUGUACGACAUUUAGUGUCAGCAUGUAUUUGCCACAAGGAUUUUUUUGUUGUCGAAUGUCAUCACAAUUUCUAAUGACAUAAUCAUUGUCUAUAUGCCAUCAUCAUUGUCUAAUAAAGCCAUCGUUUCUGAUGUCAUCAUUAAAAGAAAAUUGAUAGUUCAUCAAAA